AUGGUUCUGUUCGUAUUCAGAUUAGACGACGACUUUGUGGAUCGACUGCACUACCUCUACACUUCCACUUUGAUACUGAUGUUCGCUGUUUUAGUAUCUGCCAAGCAAUACGUGGGACAUCCUAUCGAGUGUUUUGUGCCGGCACAAUUUACCAGGGCAAUGGAGCAGUACACUGAGAACUACUGUUGGGUUCAAAACACCUAUUGGAUUCCCUUCCAGGACCUGAUACCUCAUCGUUUGGAUGAUCGUGAACGGCGACAAAUCGGCUACUAUCAAUGGGUUCCAUUUGUACUGGCUGUCGCCGCUUUGAUGUUCCACAUUCCCUCAUCGGUCUGGCGAAUGCUCUCCAGUCAAAGCGGGCUUAACGCCGGUUUGGUGCUCCAAUUGGCGUGCCAAGAACAGAAUGUCGAUCCACUGGUCCGGAAUAAGACCAUCGAAAUUCUAGCUAGGCACAUAGAUGACGCUCUGAUGUAUCAAAGGGAGCACGGCGCUCGAAAGAAGAAUGUCUACGUUUUUGCUGUUAUCCGAGUAGGUAAGGGAGUUAGUAAAACGUCAGGAGGAUGA